GGAUCAGCAUUAGCGUCACCCAGUGCCCACGCCUUCUGUUCUAGUCAUCGACCCCGUACGUACCCUGAGCCUACAGCGUCCAACGUAUGCGGGGAACGGGAAAACUGUUACGAGCUACUCUGUGCAAAGUGCGGAGAACUGGACCAGAUUCGAAGACAGAAAUUGGUCACGUUCGAACUUAAUCCGGGGAAGAAAGAUCGACAUCCAAACCGGGAGGGUAGCCGGUUGCCUGAGUGAGACCGGGAGGGAACCCGAUCAGUGUUAUCGAAGACACCGACGACAUAGCGGAGCGGCUAUCACUGCAGGAUCUCCUCUGAUUUCCUGAUCUAGGCAACUUUUCCUCUGCUGAGAUAGCCACCUGUCGUCAGUCUCCACUGCAGUUCUUAUCUCUUCCCCGCAUUUCGGAAACACUCCGUCGUCCACAAUCAUCGAAGAUUCGAAAUUCGAAUGCCAUGGAUGCCCCUCCGAGCGUCUGCACAUACCACCCACCUCAUAUCAGACACACGGACAUUGAAUAUGGACGCACCACAUAGAGAGAACGGCAUCAGGAAGCGGUCAACGAAUGCGUGCCAACGAUGCCGCAAGCAAAAGAUCAAGUGUUCCGGACUUCAGCCCUGCAACACAUGUCACAAGCGGAAAUUGACGUGUGUUUUCGAUGAUCGAGACCAGAAAGUCCUCGUGACUCGAGGUUUCAUCGAAGACCUUCAGCGAAAGGUUGCGCUACUGGAGCAAGAUAACUCAGAGGAUUUAUCCAGCCUGCAAAGUUACGUGGAGCAGGAAAGGGCAAGGCCUGAUGCUGGUGGAGAUAAUCUUCCUAGUAUGGUUGACGCACGGCUCGGCUCAAACCUAGAAGGUGCGGACUUGACAAAUCCAUUAUCGACUGGUCCCUCGACCUUCACGACUGCCGCGACUGGGAGAACCUUUUACUUGGGAACCUCGUCAAACUGGUCUUUUGCUCGAAGGAUACUGAGCAUGACCCAUGAACACCUUUACAAUGCUCCCCUUCCAACAGACAGUUUGCUGUUCGAAGGCUCAACUUAUGAUUUGGGAUGGGACGGCUCGAGAACCUCCGUUUACCAAGAACCGCCGAUUGUGCCAACGCUGGACUACUCCAUUUACCUCAUAAAUGCCGUAAAAUUCCACGCAGGGCAGCUGUUCCAUCUGUUCGACGAAGGCACGUUCAUGGGAGGGUUGUACGCCUUCUAUGACGAUCCCCAGGCACAUGUUGAUCCUCCAAGCUUAUGGUACAUCCAUUAUCUGGUUGUGAUUGCGUUUGGAAAAGCACUUGUCGCCCACAGAAACCAGUCUACAAGACCACCUGGUUGCGAAUUCUUUACAAAAGCCCUUCAAUUGCUCCCUGAUUCUACGCACCUUUGUAGGGAACCCAUGAUUGGAGCAGAGAUCCUGUGUUGUCUUGCAUUGUACCUUCAAGCGCUGGACUACCGCAGCUCAGCACACAAUUACAUUGGCCAAGCUUUGCGCAUCGCUUUAGCCCAAGGUAUGCACACAAACAUGCCAGUGCAACAACUUGGGGAGGUUGUGGUUCAGAGAUGCCGCAAGAUAUGGUGGACAAUCUAUGUAUUAGACCGGCAAAUGACUUCAUUGAUGGGAUUACCUCAACCCAUUCAUGACAGUCAGAUUCACCACCAACUUCCUUCUUAUCCUGGAUCGCCUCAGAAAGUGGUCGCCUUGACUAUGCAGAUUCGAAUGUGCCAAAUCAUCGCUGAGAUCAACUCUACCGUGUAUGCCCCGGAUGGAAGACUCAAUCGAAAAUUCCUAUUGAGGACCAAGGCCGCACUAGCUAGCACAACAGAUCUUGCCAAUGAUCUACAAGGAUCGUUUGAUUUGCAGCUGGACAAGUCCACUAUCAGUGGAGUUUCCAGACUAUCAGCUCAUCUUCACCUACUUUACCACCAGUGCAUCGUUUUGGCAACACGGCCUUUACUACUCUGUUUCCUGAAGAUGCGGUUCCAAUCUGCUGAUCUCUGCCUCGAGACCCUCAACUCUUCUGCCAACAUUCUUCGGCUGCUCCAAGUUUGCGUUGACUCGGCUCAACAACAGCUGAGCAUCCUUGGCUGCUUAUUUGAACAGAGCCUUCUCGACAGUUUCCUUCCAUUUGACCUUGAGUCUACUUUUGUCUCUAGCGUGGUCCUAUUGAUGGCCCCAGCGAUCGAUUCCAAUCUCUUGGACAACCGGACACCAUGGUUACAGAAGAGCUGUUUGAUACUGGAUGAUAUGAUUACCCGCGGGAACCUUAUCGCACGAUUUCGAAAAGCCGAGCUCGAGCAGUUGGAUAGCCUACUGAGCCAGCUCGUACCAGAUCGACAGCUCCAGAUUGUCGAUUCAACGAGGAAAACAGAUCUCCUCGGGUUCGAGUCGUCUCCGUUACCCCCGCCCUAUCCUGAACUUCCUGGCCUGAGCGGCGGGCUGACAACUGCGGAAAUCAUGGCCGUAGCUGAGUCGAUCGACACGGGGGAUGUUGACUGGGUUGCGCAUGCAGUUACCGAGAAUGAAAUAUGGUGACUCAUGGAGCACUAUGAUCAUCCAUAUCUGGUUACUUAACAGACGAUCAUAUGUUAGAUUGAUUGAUCUAUAGGGUGUCUUCGAUAGCUAUGAUUUCAGCCAUGACCUCCCUCACAUUGGCCUUGGCUGCUUCCCCGGCCUCUUCGUAUGGAGUCCUCGGCUUGAACUUUUCCUCUGCGUUCUCGACACCAGCUCUAGAGGCCGACACAAUUGCUGCGGCAAAUUUGGUCGAUGCAAUUCCGCUCUUGCAUGGUGAUUCUGCCAAGGCUGCUUUCCGGUGCAAGGCGAGGGCUUCCUCCACCUUUCCUCCCUUGUACAGCUGAUAGAUUCGCAUGAUCGUCUUGGGCACAACGUUUGCAAAAGCAGCAAUGCAGCCCGCAGAUCCAACAGACAAUCCACCAAUAAGGAAGUCGGAUUGUCCUCCAUACACCGCAAACUCAUCGGGCCCGAACGCUGCCGUCAAACGGGUUAUCUUCCCGACCUGAGCGCAUGUGAGUUUCACGCCCACGACGUUACUCUUUCCAUUUGGAGAUGCAGCUGCAGACGCCCGUACUAUCUCAGCGAUAGUGUCCGAGUCGAUAUCCACUCCAUUUGUCACACCAGGGAAAUUGUACACGACGACGGGCAAGGGCGCUUUGGCUGUGAUAUCGGCGAAGAACCGCUUAACUACCGAGGGCGUUGUGGCUUUUCCAAAGUAGGCUGGGGGUAAAACAAGGAGAUAGUUUGCUCCUGCCUCUGCAGCGUCGUUGGCCAGUUCGAGAACUUGCUUUGUGGAGUGUGCGCCGACACCGGCCAUGAUGGGGUAGUUUGGACCGACGGCUUCUCGAGCGGUGCGGAUGGCCUGGGUGCGCUCAUCGCGCGUGAGAAGGAAUGCCUCUGCAUUGGUACCAAGGAUAACGAGACCGGUGAGUUGUUGAGCGAGAUAGGCGCAGUACUUUUUGUAGCUCUCCACAUCGAUAGUGUCGUUCUCGUGGUUGAAGGGUGUGACGACGGGGACCCAGAUGCCGGCUGGGGGAACGUGAGGAAGGGAGGUCAUUUUUGCUUGUUUGAACCCAGUGCUUGGUCGAUACUUGUUAGAUGUAAAUUGUUUCUUCUAGCGAACGCAAGUUAUUAUACCGCGUUUUAUCGGGAGGACGGCCGAAGCUACGGUGAUGCGGGGUACUCGCAGUUUGCCUAUCGAGACACGACCGGCCAACCUCCCGAUUGAACGACACAGUCUCUAUCUUCUUCCAGAUAUUGGGUCAACUGAGAAACAUACAAAAUGGCAUUGCUCGCGCGUUUUCGACCAGCGACGGUUUGCAAUCGCGCAUAUUCAACUGUCAACAGUCCCCCGUUAUGGCGAUAACGGAUCCUCGCAUUGGCUGGGUAAGUAGUGCUCCUAAGGAAUCUCAAGC